AAAUAUUUGAACUUCUGCCACUACAUACAACUCUCUCUCUCUCUCUCUCUCAUCGUAUAAAACCCCGUAGAUCUGUGCAACUACAAUUGCUCGCACGUUUGGAGAAUCGGAGAAUUGUGUAGCGAAGAAGAAAGGUCAAAUGGAAAGGGGAGAAAGUUCCGGCUCCAAUGCCGCCGCCGCCGAUGAUGAUGUCUGGGCCAAACUAGUGCCGCUGGACUCAAGCUACUCAGAUAUUGAGUUGAGGUCAAACGAGGUGACGAUUUGUUCAGAGACGAAGAGUUCUUUGAAUGAUAAACAUGAAUGGUGCAAGAUAACUAGGGAGAAGGAUCAUAUUUCUGCCGUAAUGAAGAACAACAGUUGUAAUUCGAUCCUUGUUGAUGGUGCGGUUGUCCUGAAAGACGACGAGAUCAUCAUUAGUUGUGGAAGCGAAAUAAUUCCGGGUCCUGAGGCUGAUGGGUUUAUGAGGUAUAUGUUUAAAGUAAUGCCUACGAAGCAAAUUUGCAAGAAGCAAAUCAAGAUAACUCUAGAUCCCGAACACGCGAAAUGCUCCAUUUGUUUAAAUGUUUGGCAUGACGUCGUCACCAUUGCACCAUGCCUUCACAAUUUCUGCAAUGGAUGCUUCUCAGAGUGGUUGAAGAGGUGUCAAGAGAAACGUUCUACUGUUUUGUGCCCUCAGUGUAGAGCAGUUGUACAGUUUGUUGGAAGAAAUCAUUUUUUGCAUAAUAUUGAAGAGGAUAUACAGAAAUCUGAUCCUUCUCUAAGGCGGUCGGAUGAAGAAAUUGAAACAUUAGAUCGCUGUUCGUCAAUCAAAUCGUGCCUUGUCAUUCCCGGCGGACGAAAAAGUCGGAAGAGAGCUCGUGCGCAAAAUAAUGAUGAGAACGAAAGGGAUUUUCCUUGCCCCCAAUGUGGCACAGAGUAUGGUGGUUUUCAGUGUAGUGGAAGCACAGUUCAUCUUCAAUGCGGAGCAUGUGGUGGAAUGAUGCCCGACAGAUCAAAUCCCAUCGUACCACAACACUGUAUAGGAUGUGAUCGAGCAUUUUGUGGGGCCUACUGGAAUUCUCUGCAAUUUCCUGGCAGUGAAGCCUAUCCUGUGUGUAGUCGUGAAACUCUAAAACCUAUUGUCGAAUAUUCAGUCACUAGAUUGCCACUUGCUGUACAUGAAAAGAAUAGACACGAACAAGACAUAACAGAAAAAUGUAUCAGUAAAAUGGGAAGAUCCGUGCAGGAUGUGAUUUCAGAAUGGAUAACAAAGUGGAGUAACCGAGAGUUCGAUAGGACAAGGAUUCGGUUGAAUCACUCUGAUAUGAUUACUCCCGACACACACCUUUGCCGAGAUUGCUACGACAAAUUCGUGUCGUAUCUCAUGUACUGGUUUCGUGUCUCACUGCCAAAAUCCCUAAUGCCUAAAGAAGCAGUAGAGCGGGUAGACUGCUGGUAUGGAUUUUCGUGUAGGACACAGCACCAUAACGAAGAACAUGCUCGUAAACGGAACCACGUUUGUCGUCCAAUCAGGGGUGCCGGUGUGCCUUAAUAAUAAUAAAAAAUAAUUAUAUUUGCUUGAGCUCCCAAAAAUGAAAACAAAAAAAGAAUUAUGUUUUGGUCUGAAUAUUAAAUAUCUUCUUGUAUUUAUUCUCUCUAUCCGAUUA